GACAAAAAGUCAAACAUCAAAACCGAAGCACAGGUAGCUCGAUUUCAAUUUCUCAGCCAAGAUAAUUAUAACUGUUUAAAUAUAUUCAAUUCGUUAAAUCGCAAAAGAACCAAUUGUCAAAAUGUCGGCACGUUACGAUAGAGCUAUUACUGUGUUUUCCCCAGAUGGUCAUUUGCUGCAAGUAGAAUAUGCUCAGGAAGCCGUUCGUAAAGGUUCUACAGCGGUGGGAGUUAGGGGAGCCGAUGUGGUUGUAUUAGGUGUCGAGAAAAAGUCUGUUGCAAAGUUACAAGAAGAACGAACUGUGAGAAAAAUAUGCCUCCUCGAUGAUCAUGUUGUAAUGGCAUUUGCUGGUUUGACUGCUGAUGCUAGAAUACUUAUAAACAGAGCUCAAAUUGAAUGCCAGUCUCACAAACUUACAGUUGAAGAUCCUGUAACCUUAGAGUAUAUCACUAGAUAUAUUGCUGGUCUUAAACAAAAAUAUACUCAGAGUAAUGGACGUCGUCCAUUUGGUAUUUCAUGUCUUAUUGGUGGAUUUGACUAUGAUGGCCAGCCACACCUUUUCCAAACUGAGCCUUCUGGAAUUUACUAUGAAUGGAAAGCUAAUGCUACUGGCAGAUCUGCUAAAACUGUUAGAGAAUUUUUGGAAAAGAAUUACACACAAGAAGAGGUUGCUAAUGAGAAAGGAGCUGUGAAGCUUGCCAUUCGUGCUCUUUUGGAAGUUGUACAAUCUGGACAAAAGAAUUUAGAAAUAGCUGUGAUGAGACGUGGACAACCAAUGCAAAUGCUUGAUUUGGAUACCAUCAAUUCAUAUGUCUCUGUAAUUGAAAAAGAAAAAGAAGAAGAAGCAGAAAAGAAAAAACAGAAGAAGUAAUUGUAAUAUUAAUAUUAUAAUUAAAGAACACUUUUUAUAAUGUCUU